AUGUACUCGGCAAGCGGUGUUACCUCUCCGCCACAGCUUGACCCUCAGGCGCUGCAGAGCACCCCAGUCUCGUUUGCUCGUCAGCUGGCUCCUCCAGGUGCUCCGCGGCUUCCGCGAUCCGAUGAUGAUCCGCCACUCUUGCUUGACGAAGACCCGCCCAUGCAAGCACACACAUCCCCGUCAGUUUUUGGCUUUUCUCAGCCACCGCAACCUAUGCACAGCUCCGGGCCGCAGCAGCCCUAUUCACAACCACAGAACGUUGUCACAGACCCUGUUUAUCCGUUUCCAUCACAGUUUUCUAGCCAGCCACAUCAGCAAGUACUAUAUAAUUACGCCCCUCAGGAGGUCUUUCCCCAGCCUGUCAACCCUGAAUCAUUCUAUCAGCAGCCACCCAUCUCUUGCACGAAUAUCUACCAACCUUCUUAUAACUCGGUUUAUCCUCAUAACUUCGGCUAUAGCGACGCUUGCAAUCUGUCGUUAGAAAAGCCAGAGAUACUAGCGCCUCCCUCAUGGGACAUGCCUACAGGGCAAACUCAGGUGCUCCCGCCUUAUCAGCUUACUCCGCUGACAUCGUGCGAGUUUGAUCUUCAUAUUAGCUCUUACAUGGAGGAAAUUCGGCAGCACAAUGCCUCAGUCUGCUCCCUGGAUAGCAUUCAAGCACGCGUGUACGAGUUUCCGCCUCUCACUUGCUCCUCAUCAGACGCGUCUGACCACGAUGAUAUUACUUCCGACACUGCCCAGCAACUGUCAUCUUUCGCCGACGGCAAUAACUACUGCGUGCAGGAAAACCAAAUGAAGUUAGAAACUCAUUUAACUAAGAUGCAGCAAGAUCGGGAGGAUCAAGAAAGGAUGAUUGCUGAAAAGAGAAAGGCUAAAGCAGAACGAAGGGAGCAACGGAAGCUUCGUCGCCAAGCAGAUAGACAAACACGGAAGCAAAUGCACCUUGAGCGUAUGCAGCAGAAGCAUGAAAAGAACCUUAAGCAGUUUGCAGUGAAGUUCAGCGCUCCACCGUUGGAGACUAGAUUGCAUUCCGCUGAUGAGUCUGGAGGCACAAUAGCCGCCACUAAAUCUAUAAAAGUUUACAGCUCUGAGGCGCAGUCAGAGAAGCCCAAACGUCUUCGGAACCUAGUGCUUGGAAAUGGAUACGGCCGUCUCUUCUGGCCAGGCUACAUAGAUCUCAGCAAAGAGCAUGGCACUAGCACGGUCAAGAUAGGGCUAUUUGGUCUGGAAGUCGACGGCUUCCUAAAUAAAAGAGAUAUGUUCCUUGCUACACAGACCGAACUACCUGGGCAACACGAGCAGAACGCAUACGUGAGCGCAAUUGAAGAGACCAUAAAAGAUGUUCCUGGCAUGCAAUUUUGGGGAUGUGACCCCAAUAACGGAAUAUUUUAUACAGUUAGAUCUCGACACUAG